AUGCGAGAACAGAAAAGGCGUUUCGAAGAGGACAUGAAGUUACUGGACAUGCAGCACGAGAAAGAAAAAUUAGAGAUGGAUCAGCUUGCUCGAGAUCUGGCUAAGGCUGGCUUGUCCGGUCGGGCUAGUGAGCCCACUACUCCGCCGGAGUACCGUGAGCCUCCUACUGUGUCCAGUGCAUUCUCUCGCCCUGCUCGCUUUUCCACCUCCAGCGUGACCUCAUCUCCUGGCUUUUUCAAUGCCUUUGCUCCGUCGAACAUCACCUCUCCCCAGGCACCCUCUCACACCGCCAACCAGUCUGCCGACCGGUUCGUGGGCCACUCUCUCCCAGGAUCUCGCCGGAACUCUGAGAAGGAGGACUUCAUUGCGGAGCCUUCUUCUACCUUUCGACCGGGACCUCAUCUCCAUCGGUACUCGUUGCCUUCGAGCAACUUCGGUGGCCAGCCCCGCCCGAAUGUAACUGGCUUCAAUACCGGGUCUGGCGUCGACUCAUUUGCAGCUGCCAAGUACCUCUUCCCUAGCGACGAGGACAAGGCCCCCAUGAGGGACGAGGAUCGUUUGUCUACUCCGGACAUUAAAAGUUACAUAAAGCUGACCGAGCCGGAUGACAAAUUCCCGACUUUGUCGCGUCGAGGUGGCUCGAACCUGUUGUCAGCCAAUCCGGAUGCUCUGGACCUGGCCAAUUCCCGCACCCCUGGCCCGGAGUCGUACUCGAACCAUAGCCGGCACCGCUCAUCGCACCAGAGCAUGCCCCAAAACAUCUCUGGCAUCAUGCGCUAUGAGCAGUUGAGCAGCCCGACUGGGGAGGAUCAUGGCAACAAUGCCAAUUCCUCACGACAUGCCGCCCGUCACUCCUUGGAGGGUAGUUUGCUUUUCAACAGUGAGCGCAGCCACGAGGCUGCAACUCCUGUCCCGUCGAGCCGACCCACAUCGUUGCAAUCUUCAUACUCCACCAAUGACCUGCCUACGGUCAAGGGCAAUGGGCUCAACACAUCUGUUACCCCACCCAAAACCCACGCGGAGCACCUGCAUCAGCACAAUGCCAGCAUGGGACGUAUCCCCCCGAGUGCCGUCAAUGGCACUCGGCAGUCAAAGGAGUCUCCGGAGGCUGAUGAAUCCAAGCUUGCCACUACCCAACCAGCUCAAACGAUGCUCCAAGCGAGCGCGGCACCUUUCGGGCCUCAGCUGUCCACGGUUUCUCCCAGCAACAACAUCCCAGGGACUGUCACCCCCGCUGGUUUCCCGUUCCAGGCUCCUCUGUACGGAUAUGGGGUUCAGCCAUUUGUCGGCCAAGUGGGCCAGCCGGGCAAUCAGUUGGCUCCCUUUUCGGCCUCCAAUGCCUAUGGCGGCUACCAGAACUACUCCAACGGGUAUCGUUUCAACGAAGGUGCAAACCGAGGUGGCAUUGUUCAGCGCCGCCAGGGCGAUGCAGACUCGACCCAGCUGACUCGCUUUGCCAAUUUCCCCCUGGAGCACUACAAGGGAGAGCUCUACAGCCUGUGCAAGGACCAGCAUGGGUGUCGGUAUCUGCAACGCAAGCUGGAGGAGCGCAACCCUGAACACGUGCAGCUGAUCUUCAGCGAGACUUACAUGCAUGUGAUCGAAUUGAUGACUGAUCCGUUCGGUAACUACCUCUGCCAGAAGCUGCUCGAGUAUUCGAAUGAUGAGCAGCGCACCGCCCUCAUUGAUCAUGCUGCCCCCCAGUUGGUCAAGAUUGCCCUCAACCAGCAUGGAACCCGUGCUCUGCAAAAGAUGAUCGAGUUUAUUUCGACCUCUGAGCAGACCCAGACCGUCAUCCAUGCCCUGGAGAACCACGUUGUUGAGCUGGUGCAGGACUUGAAUGGAAACCAUGUGAUCCAGAAGUGCCUGAACCGUCUGUCGCCUCAAGAUGCCGAGUUCAUCUACGAGGCUGUUGGAUCCAACUGUGUGGUCGUCGGCACUCAUCGCCACGGAUGCUGUGUUCUCCAGAGAUGCAUUGACCAUGCCUCUGGUGCCCAGAAGGCCCGUCUCAUUGCUCAAAUCACGGGCAAUUCCUUUGCUCUGGUGCAGGACCCCUUUGGGAACUACGUUGUUCAGUACAUUCUGGAUCUUGCCGAGCCCCAUUUCACCAAUCCGCUGUGCCAGACCUUCUCGGGCAACAUUCCUUCGUUGUCCAAGCAGAAGUUCAGCUCCAACGUGAUCGAAAAAUGCCUGCGGAUUGCAGACAGCCCUACCAGGCACCAGAUGAUUGAUGAGAUCCUCACCGGCGGCGAACUUGAAAGGAUGUUGCGGGACUCGUUUGCCAACUACGUUGUUCAAACUGCCAUGGACUUUGCGGACCCCGAAACUCGCACUCGAAUUGUGGAUGCCAUCCGGCCGAUCCUGCCGUCUAUUCGACAGACCCCCCACGGUCGACGUAUCGCUGGCAAGAUGAUGUCCCCAGAGACUUCCGCCAGGGGCAGUGCUACCAACAGUGGCCAGGCCACCCCCAAUGAAAUGAGCAACACGACCCAGAUCCCGAAGAGCCUCCUCCAAACCCCCAAGCCUUUCAUGUACCAACAGGGCAAUGUCCAAGCUCCGACCGUGUCGAAUGGCUUCAACGGCCUCAGUGGUCAACCCUUUACCCCUGUCUCUGCCCAGAGCUCUGUUUCGAACACGCCCUCUGGCAACAGCGAGACCUCGGGUAUCUUCAGUCCUGCGGCUCCACCCACUGCCAGCAACGGCCAGGUCUUUGCCUACUUCUGA